CCGCUAAAUUCUCUGACGAAUUUUCGCUCGAGUGAGAAACCCCUCGGCUCGCCGCCGGACGUUUCCGAACUUGCAUGUGAAGAAGAAGAAGAUAUCGCAAAGGAGUGAGCAUCUGAGAUCGCGUUUUCUUCUUGUGCUGCUUUUUGAGGAAAAUACACUCCAAAAUCUCAGUUAGAGUCGUGUUUCCGAUACUGGAGUGCAUUAUCAAGUGAAAUUGCUUAAAGAGGUGCUUGGACUCUUUCGGACUUCACGGUAAAUUGAUCAGUAUGUCGACGACUGCCGGAUCGAGCAGUGGCGGAGGCGCCGGCGGAGGACGAGGCCGGAGUGGAGCUGCAAACAGCAACGGAACCGCUCCCACGCCUGAUCCCAGGAAUGAGACGAAGGAGUCGAAGCCCAAUCCGAAGAUCUCGAAGGCGCUGGGCACUUCUGCGAAGCGCAUCCAGAAAGAACUGGCCGAGAUCACGCUGGAUCCGCCGCCCAACUGCAGCGCCGGCCCCAAAGGGGACAACCUGUACGAGUGGGUGUCCACAAUCCUAGGGCCGCCGGGCUCAGUGUACGAGGGCGGUGUCUUUUUCCUGGACAUCCACUUCUCGCCAGAAUAUCCCUUCAAGCCACCCAAGGUGACCUUCCGCACUAGGAUAUAUCACUGCAACAUCAACAGCCAAGGCGUCAUCUGCCUGGACAUCCUCAAAGAUAACUGGUCACCAGCACUGACCAUAUCAAAAGUCCUCUUAUCCAUUUGCUCCCUUCUGACAGACUGCAAUCCGGCUGAUCCACUUGUGGGAAGCAUUGCAACGCAAUAUCUGCAAAACAGAGAAGAGCACGACCGAAUUGCUCGCCUGUGGACUAAGCGAUAUGCUACGUGAUUUUCUUGUCUUCAAAAUGUGUAUUUUAUAUUUUUAUUUACAAAAUCGUACUAAUCAUAGCAAAACUUCUAAUUAAAUAUAAAUGCGUCUUGAAAGGAUUACGGCGAAAACAUGAGUAUGAAGAGUCCCAUUGAGAUAAGAUGACUGGAUGUGUGGCUGUGUAUUUGGAAGGAAAAAAAAGAAAUCCUUUUCUCUGCACGAACACACAUAAAAUUUAAGAUGAAUCAAUAUUUUGAUUGUAAAAUUGAAUAAUCCAAUAUGCAUAUAAUAUUCGUCUGUUAAGCGAAGGGAGAACUUGAAGGAUGUGACAUUUUAUGAUUUGAUUGUCGUGUGACCAACGCAUAGAUUGUGAGAAACAAAAUUUCUGUACUGAUUGACUGCCAAAUUCCUUCGGUAUUGAUAUAAUUUUAGUAUAUACUAGACUUGUACUGACCCUGCAAUGGCCGAGCAUGUUGACAUGUUUGCAUAAUGCAACUUUCUUUUGUCCCCAAUGUCCAUUUUAGGCUACUUUUCAGUCACACUUGAAAUAUGCAAUUAAUUUGCACAUUCGAUUAUUUAUCGAGAGAGAAAAUAAUGAAAGUCACAAGGAUCAGACAGAUUUGAAUACAGUUUGCACACCUUGUGGGGUUAAUUAAGGUUUGAUAAUGCUAAAGGAGAGUCUCUACAUAGAAGCACGUCAGCGAAGUCUAUGAUGAGCCAAGCUGCAGUUUAUUACUGUAUUUUUCAGUUUAAAUAAGUAAGAGCAUGCAAGAAGAAAUGUAAUAAGAUGUGAUAGAUAAUUUUUACUAUAUUUUUAACUUUAGACAAGAAAACAAGGAGAAAUGAAGGAUAGAAAAUGUGUGUGACUUGAGUUUUCAUUCGUCAAAUUUGGCAGAUUUGUAUUUAAACAAAAAAAUCGUAGUUUUAUUUGUAUUCACUGAUUAGGUUUUAAGGAAUAGGAAAAGAAAACUGAUAUUUGACUUAAUGUAUUCCAAAAUUUCUUUUUAGACAUAAAAUUUUUCGUCAUUUUAGGUGAAUUUUUUUUUAAAUUUAUCAUUCGAAAAACAGUGGAGAAAGAAAUUAGGACUUUACGUUUACGAAUAUGUAGAAUUGAUUGUAUACAUUUGACAUUUCAUGACAUUUGGACUUUCUUCGCCAAUGAGAAGCUGUAAAAUGAAAGCUCAUUGUGAAGAUGCUGGCUUAUGUGUUUUCUUGAUUUAAUGAGAAAAUGCCAGCUCUUGAAACUGACGAUAUUAGCUUUAUUGCUGACAACGGCGAGGAAUAAGAAUAAAUGGCCACAAAAUGCACUUGCAACGUAUUGUGAAUAAAAGGAGGUGAAGAAAAACGAAUUUGUCUAAUGUGGAUUUUAAAACAUGGCUGAUGAUGAGAAUAAACAUAGAAAGAUAUCCCUGAAACAUCUUUGGCAUGUCUGUCUCUGAUUGUGAGACAGAGAUAAGGAAAACUGAUUGGAUUGCAUAACGCAUGAAUAUGAAUAUGAACUACCUUUAUAAGAAUUACAUAUAAAAGAUAUAAAAAAAUAACAAAACACGAACAGCAAAGGUGAAAAAAUGUGAAUUUACCAAUUGAAAUCAAUUAAAACUACAUACAUAUUUUGUCUCAGCUCGGAAAUGAAUGAGGAAAAUAUAAUUGAGGAACUAUACAUGUAGUAAUUAGCUACUUUUAAAUUUGUAGAGAGAUUAUAUUUCAGGAUGAUGAAACAUUUUUAGUUGUACAAUAUGGAUAAAAUAAAUUUCCUCUUCUUUUUUAAAUGGAGAAAAAGUACUAUAUAAAAUUAUGGAGAACAAGAGGAGAGAUAAUAAAUAAAUUACAAUAAAUGUGUACUAUCAAAACAGGAUAAAAGUUAGAUUUUCUUCGGGUAUUU